AGCAGAAAACUUCUCAGCCUGCAGGGGACAGCUGUAAGCAUGAUAUUUGUUAGCUUGCUGCGGGCAGUCCUGGUCUCCACCUGUCUGGGAUCCAGUGUGGCCCAAAUGGUCACUCAACCUCAACCAGAAGUGUCUGUGCAAGAGCCAGACACAGUGACCCUGGACUGUACGUAUAGCACUAGUGAGAGUAAUUAUUAUUUGCUGUGGUACAAACAGCCUCCCAGCGGGGAGAUGAUUUUCAUUAUUGGCCAAGAAGCUUAUAAGCAACAGAAUGCAACCAACAGUCGCUACUCUGUGAACUUCCAGAAAGAAGCCAAAUCCUUCCGUCUCAGGAUCUCAGACUCCCAGCUGGAGGAUGCUGCAAAGUAUUUCUGCGCUUACAGUGAAAGGAAACUCUGUGUGUACUCUGGAGUUGGGGGUUACCAACUCAUUUUCGGGAAGGGCACCAAACUCUUGGUCAUACCAAAUAUCCAGAACCCCGACCCUGCCGUGUACCUGCUGAGAAGCCCCAAAUCCAGCAACACCUCCGUCUGCUUAUACACCGAUUUUGAAUCUCAAGCCAAUGUGUCACAAGUCACGAGGCCCGUGGUGUUCAGCUCAGACAGCACCGUGCUAGACAUGGGAGCAUUGGGUUCCAAGAGCAACGGGGUCGUGGCUUGGAGCAGCAGGACCGAUUUGGGAUGCGGAGACACCUUCAACCAGACCUUCUACUCCAGCUCAGGAAUUCCCUGUGAUGCCAAGAUAGCAGAGAAAAGCUUUGAAACAGAUAUGAACCUAAACUUCCAAAACUUGUCAGUGAUCGGCUUCCGCGUUCUCCUCCUGAAAGUGGUCGGGUACAACCUGCUCAUGACGCUGCGGCUGUGGUCCAGCUGAGGUCUCCAAGAACGUGAGAGCCCCGUGCUCCCUCUCCCCUUGUUCCUUGUUGCCCCUCCUCUCCCUCUUCAAGCAGAGAGGCGCACUCUCUGCCCCCGUGGACAAGAAGGCUCCCUCCACCUCUCUGGCCCCACUGGCAAUACCACCUACUGGGUCCUACCAGAUAGGACGCUG